AUGCAUCUCCCCACAAUAUUAAUCUCCACCCUCGCACUCCUUCUCUCCACCCCAGCUCUCGCAGCCCAACGGAAAGCACGGCAAACAGAUCUAGAAGCGCAAGAACUGGCUUCCCGCAUACGAAACUGCGCAAGUGCGAACUCGGGCGCGCUGAUUGACGGCGACUACUCGCAGGUGCCCGCUUACUGCUCGGAGUACAACUACGGCAUGCCGACCACGACGACGGGGAGCGACUACUCUGGGAGCAGCUACUCUGGGAGCGACUACUCUGGGAGCGACUACUCUGGGAGCGACUACUCUGGGAGCGGCUCGGGCUCGGGGUAUGGUAGCAGCAGUGGCAGCGGCAGCGACAGUGGUAGCGGGAGUGGGAGUGGGGCUGGCAUGGGGUCGUUGGGGACUGGGGCGGGGGUGAGGAAUGGGGCGUGGACCGGAGGGGCGCUUGCGCUGGGAGUUGUGGCGGUUGUGAUGGCAAUGAUAUAG